GCAAAGCUGCGCGCUGCAGGAGCGCUGGCGCGUUUGGGGGUGGCGUGUGAUGCCUGGAAACGAAAACAAGCUAGGGCUCUUGCGCCUCCGAGCUCCGCUUGCCGUUGGGGGGACCCAUCGAGUGUUCGCGCUUCCCUUGCCGGGGAGAUCUCGUCCCAAGACCGCUUUGUACCAGUUGCACGGAGGCUGGAGCUGGUAGUUUUCGCGAGAGAAAAAAAGGCGACGGAAUGAUUAGCUGGGCUGAUGGUAGCGGCCAGCAGCUGUCCCUGAAUCACAAAAGUAACUGGUUUGGUUUGUAUGGUCUGAAAACAAGCUCCGUUCGCAGAGUUACUCCUCUGUGUUUGCGGAAUUGGCUUUCGUUGGUCUGCUUAAGCCCGUGGUCUUCUGUGUUUCUUUACUCCCAAGGAAACCCUGCCUUUGGACGGAGAACCUGCCCAGCAGCAGGGAGAGAAGGAUCCCACGUUUGUCCUGGCUUGCUUUUGAGUUUUCUGGUGGGUUGGGGGUGAAUUCUGCAUCGUGCUGCACGUGAGUCUCGCUGGGGGUUCCGGGCUUGCUUUGGAAACAGCUGGGCGUCCUGGGAGGCGUGUCAGGAAAGACCAGGGAAGUGCACCUGGGCUGGAGGGGCUCCUGAGCGCAGGUGAAGCCAGUGCCUGCCUUCCCCUGGCGAGUUUGCGUUUGGGUGGGAAAGCCCACCCAGGGCCGAGAGCCUUCGUCUGUUUCACCCUGGGCUGACCUCUGGUUCAGAGUGCUAUCACCCAUACUGGUGAGAAAGUCGAGGUGGGAGGGGGACGCCGCUGGCCCUCACCUGCAGCCAGUAAGUGGCUUCACAGUGCUGUAGGCUACCAGAGCUUGAUCUGAGAAGAGUGGGUUCAAGCACAGCCCAUGCUGGAAAAGGAUGGCUGCAGACUUCAAGGGUCUGCCCCAGACCCAGAUCCUGUGCUGCAGGCUGUCUCUAGCAGGUUAUGGAUAUCCGAUCUUUGCCUCUUAGUGAUUUUGCUGCUCUGAAGAUUCUCCUAACACUUAACAGCUCCUUAAGUGCCUCCCUGUCAGUUGGGAAAAGCUGAUUUGAUUCCAAGUGGGAUGCUGAAGGAGUGGUUCCCUGUUGUAAUUAAAAUGUAGCAAAUUGGCUGCUUUCUCCUGGGGAGUGAGAGGCCAGCCUCUCUUUGGGCGGGUGCAGGUGUGCGCCUGUGACUCUGCUCUGGCUGCAGCAUCCAUCUUUCUGGUGCCCGGUUUGGUUGUCACCCCCAAGGACGGGGUUGCAGCAGCUCUUGUGGGACCCCCCCCCCCCGUUACCUUUUGCACCUGAGAUAAUCACAGCUGGCACCCCGACCGGGUCUGCUGAGACAGCUUUGUUCCUUGUCAGAAGAAGAGGUGGCCUGUGGCGGGGUUCUGGCAUGCGGUCAGCAGGCAUGCGGCACUCAGGAUCACCCUGCCGGCCUCUUCUACGUUCUGGCCCAGCCCUCUCGCUCCAGAGCCCUCAAGUGCCAGCUUGCCCAUUCCAGAACCUGUGUGCCACCCCUGCUCCAGGAACCAGUCUUGACUCCUUGCUGAGUGCAGACUCAACAGGAACCUCUCACUGCAUGGAAAGCCAGGCUGCUUCUCUCUGCCGCUGAGCUUCCGUGUGGGACAGUUCAGAGGUGGCCUCACCCCAUGCCCUGUGCUCUGCCCUGACCCGUGAGGGGCUCGUGUAGGACAUCUUGCACAUCCCUAAGCCCCGCGGAGUGGGGGAGACAUUCCCAUUGGCUCUGAGGAUGAGGUAGGGGUGAGUUCUGUUCAGAAGGGUCAUACGAAGUGAAGGGUUUUCAGACUUCAGGAUUUCUGCCCUCACCUCUAACCAGAGAGGACCUUAAAGACGAAAGCUGGCCGGCGCUCCGCCUGAGGGAAGUGAUCCCAGCGCCUCCCACCCUGUCCUGUUUCUGAACUGAGCCCGGUGCUGCAGGCAGUGCCCAGGUGGCCAGCCAACCACCACCAGGACCCAGGGGCACCAGCACACCCACAUCAGCCUUCGGGCAGCCGCGCUUGGGUUCUUCAACUUAGGUUGCAUGAAUGAAUGAAAACACCAGAUAGAUGUGCCUCUGUAGGGAAGGAGCCCCCAGAUGGUGUCCUGUCCAUAGAGUCCACGGAUGAGGAGGAAGUGGGCAGGCCAGGACUGGAGGGUAGGGGGUGGCAAAGAGAGGUUCUCUUUGGGGUGCGGGCUUGUUUGGGAUUAAGGCCUUCUUGCUUGAGACUUGAUCUUGAGGUUGGGCAGGGUCAGAACCUUCAGAGAGUGUCCUCAGUGGUCAGAGCCAGGCAGUGGUUCCCGUCACCAGGUCUCCUGCAUGGGAGCUAGUUUCAAUGCUCGCUUUUUCUUGUGUUGAUAGAAGUCUCCGUGUUUUUUGACAACUCAUAGCACCUAGUUGUCUGGUGUCUGCAGUAAGUCACCCCACCUCGUGCCGUGUGGGCUCCUGGGUGAGGCAAUCUGUGGUGGUGAUCCCAACCCCACCCCCCAUAUGCUUGCUUAUUGGGGAGUGGUCUAAGAGCCAGACCCCUGCAGAGUUCUGGCUCCUUGGGGCCCCUGGGCCUGGGAACAUGCCUUGGAAACAAGCAGCCGCCGAGGGCUGGGAUCUGCUGCUCUGCUGUUGGCCUGCUGACCUGACCCUGCUCCCCUGCACAGACUUGGGUACACCAGAGCGGCCACCAGCAGCGGUGCUGGGACAAGCUCGCCAUUUGGCUUGCUGGAGAAGUUGGGGGUCAGCCUGAGCCAAGUAUUGAUGGGCCAGGGGGCCGUGGUGAGAAGCAGCCCUUCUACCCAGAGUAGGAAGAGCCGUGGGUUUGAGUUGAGGCUUCGCCCUCAGUGGGCAGGUUACUUUCUGGAUCUUUGUUUCUCAGCUCUGAGCUGGGCUUUCCCCCGCUCUGGGGCAGGGCCAGCACCACUGGGAGGCACGGCCGGCUUCUUGUUCUGUCUUUGGCGGAAGUUUGUCUUCUGCCUGUGGAAGGCACGGCUUGUUGUCCUAGGAGACUCCAGGUGCUGGGCCUCUCCCCUGCCAGAGGCACGAGGUGGGGUGAGCCAGCCAUCCAGCGGAUGUGCCCGGCUUGGAGACCGUGCCCUCAGCAUGGUUAAAGCCAUGCUCGUGGAGGUACUUGAUUCGGGGUACUCUCCAGCGUUCCCGUGGACUUCAAGACCAGUGAACACACUUAGGGGACGCGAACAUGUCGGGGAUCGCCCUCAGCAGACUUGCCCAGGAGAGGAAAGCUUGGAGAAAAGACCACCCGUUUGGUUUCGUGGCCGUCCCGACAAAGAACCCUGACGGCACAAUGAACCUCAUGAACUGGGAGUGUGCCAUUCCUGGGAAGAAGGGGACUCCAUGGGAAGGCGGCUUGUUUAAACUACGGAUGCUGUUCAAAGACGAUUACCCAUCCUCACCGCCGAAAUGCAAGUUUGAACCGCCGCUGUUCCACCCAAACGUGUACCCCUCGGGUACGGUGUGCCUGUCCAUCCUGGAGGAGGACAAAGACUGGCGGCCAGCCAUCACCAUCAAGCAGAUCUUAUUAGGAAUACAGGAACUUCUAAAUGAACCAAAUAUCCAAGACCCAGCUCAAGCAGAGGCCUACACGAUCUACUGCCAAAACAGAGUGGAAUACGAGAAAAGGGUUCGAGCACAAGCCAAGAAGUUUGCUCCCUCAUAAGCAGCGACCUGUGGCAUCGUAAAAGGAAGGGAUUGGUUUGGCAAGAACUUGUUUACAACAUUUUUGCAAAUCUAACGUUGCUCUACAGUUACUGGUCACCUGGGGAGGGUGGGCGGGCGCCAUUUUCCAUUUCCGCCACUGGUACAGUCUCGACUCGCUGAAUUGCCCAGUUUUUCAUACAGGGUCUCUUCCUUCAGUCUUUUGUAUUUUUGAUUGUUAUGUAAAACUUGCUUUUAUUUUAAUAUUGAUGUCAGUAUUUCAACUGCUGUAAAAUUAUAAACUUUUAUACUUGGAUGAGUCCUGAGGAGCGCGUUUCCUUCGCUCACGGACGCAGGCAUGCUCCACGCCGCCCAGAGCUGCACUUAGCCUCCCGCUGGCCGCACGUCGCCGGAAAGCAGAGCCGCCCGCCCCCAGAGCCCCAGAGCCCCAGCCAGCCAGCGUCGCGUUUCCGCAUCACUUCCUUUGUGUUUAUAUGGCGUUUGUCUGUGUUGCUGUUUAGAGUAAAUAAACUGUUUAUAUAAAGGUU